UGCAAGCGGGAGCGGGCGGCGCGGAGGCUUGGAUCGCGGAGCCAGACCUGGCGGAGCCGGCGCGGUGAGCUGCAGCCUCGAGUCUCCCGCAACGAUGGUGAAGUUGGGGAACAAUUUCGCGGAGAAGGGCGCCAAGCAGCAGCUUCUGGAGGAUGGGUUCGACACCAUUCCCCUGAUGACGCCCCUCGAUGUCAAUCAGCUGCAGUUCCCGCCCCCCGAUAAGGUGGUUGUGAAAACUAAGACUGAGUAUGAACCUGACCGCAAGAAAGGGAAAGCACGUCCUCCUAAAAUAGCCGAGUUCACCGUCAGCAUCACAGAGGGUGUCACUGAGAGGUUCAAGGUGUCCGUGCUGGUCCUCUUUGCCCUGGCCUUCCUUACCUGUGUUGUCUUCCUGGUCGUCUACAAGGUGUACAAGUAUGACCGCGCCUGCCCUGAUGGGUUCGUCCUCAAGAGCACCCAGUGCAUCCCAGAAGGCUUAGAGAGCUACUAUGCGGAGCAAGACUCCAGCGCCCGGGAGAAAUUUUACACGGUCAUAAAUCACUACAACCUGGCCAAGCAGAGCAUCACGCGCUCGGGGUCGCCCUGGAUGUCAGUUCUGUCAGAAGAGAAGCUGUCGGAACAGGAGACUGAAGCGGCAGAGAAAUCAGCUUAGCGGGAUGGGCAAGUUCCUUACAAUGUGUCGCCUGAAGGUAACAAAGGGACUUUGUGGGACAUUUCAUUAAAUAGAAUUACUGGUAAUUUAGAGGUUAUGGUGCAACUGCUUCUGUUUGCUAAUGCUGCUUUGCAAAUCCAACUUGCUGCUGGCCACCCAUGGGCAUAUCGGUACUGCCUAAAGAGCUCCAACACCACUUUUCAUGUUAAGAUCUGAAUUUUGCCCCUUUUCUGGGAUUUAUUGGAUGCUGUCAAAGAAUAAAUUUACACUGGAUAUGCCAAGGGUUUGGA